UUGUUCAACUCUAGCAUCACAAAUGAACUCCUGGUCAUAUUGCCACACAAUAUAAAGUAACACUGGAAGAAGAUUCAACCUGACUUUCAUGUUGAGUUUGAGAGACUUUAUUGACGGAUCGUUUUAAGAAUCCCUCUUUCACGUAUUGACUCAACACAUCUACUUAGCAGUUGUUAUAUCUCGUCAUAUUUGAAGUGACCAAUGUAAAUAUUUAAAAUAUUUUCCUGUUUAGAAAAUAUCAAAGCACUUCAAGUUUAUAUUAUUGUGAGUGCAUUUGAUUAUUGCUUGAGAUAACUUACUACAUUAUUCCAUAUAUUUGAUAAUUUCUUGGUAUCUAUCAAAGGGUCGUAAAAGGUGUAAUAAGCUAAUAAUUAGCUCUAAAAACUUAGACAUAUAUUUUGAGCUUGUUUGGUUCUUACUAAGAACAUAAGCGUGUUUAAUAACAUAUUGUUGACUAAUUGUCCGGUCAGUUUAGUGUUGCUUGUAAAAACAAGCUAGGCAUAGCAACAGUAUGUCGCUCCACGAGGAAGAGGCAACCCAAAUUCUAGAUCAGAGCGGAUUUGACCCCAGUAUAGAAACUGCAAUCGAAAGGGUGUUAGAGAUGCCCAGUACCAGUACCGUUAGUCAAACCUCAGAUGUCCGUUAAGAAAGGCCUGAUGGACGCCAACGCACUCUAACUGAGAAAGGUCGAGAAUUCCUCCAUCAAGAGACCCAAAAACGUGAGAAGGCCUUCAUUAAGGCAUAUGACUCCUGGACGCAGACAGCAAAACAAAGCAGAGCAGCACUAAAAUCCUUAUGCUCUCCUGAAGAGCUAGGCAAUAUCCGAAGGGAAAUUGAAAUAAGACACAGAACAGUAUGUCAACAAAAUGAACCCAUCACGCGUCACCAUGCUACGACACCUACGAUCGCCAACAAAAUGAACACCUGUAACACUUUAACUGAAGAGAUAACCACCCUUGUCAAUAUGCGAAUGCAGCCACGUGACGGGAGAUACAAUGAAGACCUAGAGAAACAGAGUAAGAAUGGUGCUAAACAAAGAUGAGUAUGGAUCUGUUUUUGGUCGUACAGAGACUGAGACUGUAAUUUCAGACCAAUCUGAAAGCCAGCCAAGUUCCAACCCAUCGUCUCAUUCUUGUCAGCGUUUAGAGGCAGAAGCAGAGCUUGCUGCUAAGAGGGAACAGGCUAAAGCAAUCGAAGACAUCCAGGCUCAACAAGCAAAGAUCAUUCAACUAGAAAGUGAAUUAAAGGUGGCAGAGGCGGCAAUAAAGGUAGAGGAAGCAGCCAGCUUAGCUGAAGUUGAGAGGAGAAGAGCUGAGAGGCACAAGAAGCUAGAACAGGAACGAACAAAGCUAGCGCGAAUAAAAGCAGAGAAGGAAGUCCAGAUGGCAGCAGCGCGGGUUAAAGCGUAUGACAGUUUUGGAAGUGAUCACGAAAGAGAAUUUGAAAUAAAUACAGCUCACCAAGAGAUCAAUCACAUGUUAAACCCAAACGCAACGUCCUUCCUAACUCACCAAGCACCCUCUCAAACAGCUACACCUAUGGAGGCCAUCAGCCUAGCUCAGGCGAUCGCGAGCUCUCAGUAUAAACCGCCUACCUGUGCCCGAACCAACAAAAUUUACUGGUGAUCCUAUCAAGUAUGUCGACUGGAAGACAACCUUCAUGGCACUCAUCGACCAGAAACCCAUACCUACGGCAGAGAAAAUGUUUUACCUAAAAACUUUCUCUCUGGAGAGACUCUAAAGGCAGUGGAAGGGUUCUUCUACAGGACCUCAGAAGAUGGAUACCAGGGAGCUUGGAAGGUUCUAGAAGAAAGGUAUGGUAACCCGUUUAUAGUGCAAAAGGCCUUCAGAGACAAACUUUCCAAAUGGCCGAAGAUCAGCGCUACCAAUCCAAUAUCCCUGAGAGAAUUCACAGACUUUCUGCAGGGUUGUGCAACUGCUUUACCUCAUGUCAAAGGACUAUCCAUUUUAAACGAUUGUGAGGAGAACCAGAAACUACUCAAAAAACUGCCAGAGUGGAUUGUGCGAAAAUGGAGCAGAAUCGUGGUGGAGGAGCUGGACAAGUCUAACGGUUAUCCAGUUCUGGUGCACUUCAUAAACUUCCUGAACAAAGAAGUCCGGAUUGUCUGUAACCCCAUCACCGCUCCCUUCUUCAUGAAUGCAAAGGCUAACGAGGCGAGAAAACCACAGUGGACCAGAGCCCUCAGUACAACUGCACAGAUAAAGGAACCCAUAAAGGAGACCCAAGAGACGCUUCAGCCAAAACCACCAUGCACCGCUUGUAAAAAUGAAACUCAUGGUAUUGCUAGGUGCCCAACCUUUGCAUCAAAGAGCUUAGACGAAAAAAGGGCAUUCAUCCACGAGAACAACCUUUGCUUUAGAUGCUUGAGAAAAGGGCACUCCAGCAAAAAUUGUCAAAGGCGACAUAUCUGCAGCGUCUUUCAUGGGCGACAUCCCACAUGCCUGCACGAAGAGAGGAAGCAAAAGACGACAGGAGAGAUAAAGAACAACUCACCUCCUGCAGACAAAGCUCUUCGUCAGGAACCCCACGUGGUGCACUCUCACACCUCAGUACAGUAUGUACCUGCCACCUCCAGCAUAGUCCCGGUUUUGGUUUCUUCAUCACUAGAGCCUCAGCGACAAGUUCUGACCUAUGCUGUACUUGACCAGCAGAGCGACGCAACCUUUAUUCUAGAAGAUCUGCUCGACGACCUGAACGUAGAGUCAGCCCAACCAACAACGCUAAAACUUAGCACCAUGACUGCCAUUGACACUGUCUUACCAAGCGUGUCAGUGGGCUGCAGGUUCAAGCACUCCUUUCCGGAAAGCCUAUCCAAAUAAACCAAGCCUUCACCCGGAGCUUUAUUCCCGUGGAUAAGUCACACAUCCCGACAAAGCAGACAGCCCAGCAGAGGUGUCACCUACAUAAUUUGACAAACCAGAUACCGACACUCCAAGAUUGUGAGGUAGGACUACUAAUUGGAUCGAACUGCCCAGCAGCACGAGCCCCAAUUGAAUCUGUCAUAGGUGGAGGGGACAAACCGUUUGCACAACGGACAGAGCUCGGUUGGAGCAUUGUAGGACCAUCCAAUCCGCAUAUGGACAGACAAGGAAGCAUGAGCUACGUCCACAGAGUUGCAGUAAAAGAAAUCAUAACCCCACCAGUCAUGGAAGAAUUGAAAGCCCUGGAGUUAGAUUUUAGCGAGAGAAACUGCAAGAACUAUGUGUCGCAAGAAGAUGUUAACUUAAGACAGUUCCUCAGCAAGAAAAUUAGGCAGAAGGAUAGACACUUAGAGAUGCCGCUACCUUUCAAAAAUUAUUCUCCACCACCUCUUUCAAACAACAAGAGGCUUGCCACCAUCCCAGUCCAAUGUCGGAAGAGGAAGCUGAAGUCAGCCCCCCUCCCAAAUGACUUGAGAUCACGGUGGGAGAAGUGGAAACGCGGCCUCGAGAAGCUACAAGAAGUUGUAAUUCCACAAUGCUAUCACCCACAGAACCUCAGCGCCAUCAUUAGAACAGGACUGCAUCACUUUGCCGAUGCCAGCUGCAAAGGCUACGGUGACCCCGAAGUUAAGGUAAGUCUAGCAUGUGAUACUAAGUCCAACGAUAGUGUAGACCUCCUCAACCAUCUAAGUCGAGAGAAUCAAGAGACUAGAGUCCAAAGAACCACACACAGAGCUCGUGACUGUCACAGAAACAGAAAGAGCUGCCAAAAUCAUCCUCAAGCUCGUCCAGCAGCAAGCCUUUCCCAAGGAGCUGAAGAUGAUCCAGAGAGGAGAAUAUCUACCAAGUUCAAGAGCUCUUUCCCGUCUCGACCCAAUCCUGCGCAGAGAUCAACUCUGUGUUGGUGGAAGACGAAAGAAGUCAACACUGAGUCUGAAACAAAAACGCCCCAUCAUCCUUCCAAAGGACAGCAAUGUCAUCAAGCUGAUUCUUGCCCACUACCAUGUCAAGACCUGCCAUCAAAGACGAGGACAAACCCAGAUGGAACGCAGGGCAAAUGGGCUCUGGGUUAUUGGUGGGAGCAGACUUCUGGCCAAGCUCAUCCAACUCUCUGUGCAAGGCAGAAAACGAAGGGACCGCCUCAUGAAGCUCACUACCAGACAGAAAUCGUUCAAACCCCGUCGCAAUCUCCAAAUGGAUGAUGAAAAUCUCCCAAGAAACCAAUGGCUACUAGGAAGAGUGGUCGAAGCCAUUCAAGGAAGUGAUGGAUUAGUUAGAAGAGCUAAGAUUCAAACUGGAGAGCACAAAUUGAGAAUUCAGGAUCAUUCAUCCGAACCUUCGAUUAUAGAGAGGCCAAUUCAAAAGCUAGUGCUUCUCCUUGAGAGCGAAUAGAACUGUUACCUCCCUCACACUUAUUAGCGUAAAAGUACAAGGUGAAAUCAGUUGCAGAUUUGAGUUUAAAAUCCUGCAUGAAACAUUUAAAUUGUUCAAAGCAGGAUUUGGUGGGAGUGUAAAUGCAGCUAAUCUGCAUUCCAAUGUAAUGUUUAAAAGUUCAUUUGUUUUGAAUUUAAUUAUCCAUACAUGUCUGCUUGUUCAUUCUGCAUCAUUAUUUUGUGCAAUUCCCAUAAGCGCCAUAGGGUGGCAACGUUGCGCAGGCUUCCCUAGUCUAUCUGCACGAAGUAGAAGUAGUGAGGAGGAGGCCAAAGCUUCAGAAUGUGGGAAGCACCGAUCAAAUGCGGUCGUCCGUCGUAUGUUGUGUUGGCAAAAAGGGAAAAUUAGAGAGACAAAAGAAGAGAGGAUAAGUCAACAACCAUUCAAAGUGAUUUUUAUUUAACAUAUAACAAAUAUUUCGUUAAUAUAGUGUCACAUUAGGUGCUCUAUUUGUUUGUUUUCAAGCACGUUUUUGCUUGCGUUUUGUUUGUCUAAUGGCGCCCAUUGUACAUUUUCUCAGUGUCCAUUAAAGCUGCAGACCAGGUCACAUUGUUUUAGCACCCUUGGUCGGCGGAAUAAGUUUUCAAGGUGCACCAGGUGCUUAUGGUGCGAACGAGAGUGGAGAGAAAAAAAACAAAAAAAAACUGGAGCAUCAGUCGAGACUACUUCGUCUUUUUUGGACCGAGGGACAUCUACAUUUUGUAUUUUGAAAAUAACAAUGCCAUGAUUUUUCCUUGUCAAGACAGCAAAUAUAUACAAAGAGCAGCAAACCUAAGUAACAUAGCAACAUCAACUACAUGCAUGAAAAGGAGUGGGAAGAAGAAAACAUUUUAAAUACAUGUACAGGAUGGAUACACUUCCCUCUGGUGGCAGCAUUGGGUCUGGCUGGACUGUAACCUUAUAUGACUGAGAAGCAGACUCAGAUGUCUGACAUGGCUAAGUGAGCUCUGGUUUGGCCCACAUCAGGCUGUAAGUCAUUUCAGCUAAUAUAUGUUUGUGUAUGCAUUUGUAAUUAACAGCUAAAAGUUUGUGGAAAUAUGUUUGAGAGAUUUUCUAUGGGAACCUUAAAUAUGUUAGCAUUCGUAGCAUUUAAGGUAGCUGACUUUUGUUAGGCAAACUAGGCUAAUUUAAAACACUGGAAGUCCCGGAGUUUUUUUGGCUAUAAAGAAAGACCAGAAAGGCGUCCAAUGUCACCGAUACCAAACUGACUACUUGGCUUUGUCAAACAAUAGACCACUCAAACAAGUAAUCGAGCAGACAACGCCCCUACACAGUCUUGUGGAGUCGCUGCGUAGGUGUGAAGGAUGGGUUUCACUCUGGAUAGCUGCAAUUAGCAUCUUGAAUAUUUGCAAAUCCAGGGCUCCCUUUAGUUUGUCAAACACGGACGAGCAUGGAGAUGGCCACUCACCGUGCUCUACAAUAUGAUUGAUAGGGAAGCACUGAAUGCAUAUGUGUUGUAUCGGGCAUGCACUGGAAGGCAAGAGAGACGGGUGGACUUCCUGCUGGGUAUUGCAAAGGAAUUGGCUCACUCUCAUGUGGGCGCAAAGAAGGCGCAGAAGGAAAAAUUGCUUCGGAAUCAACCUCCAACACCUAGCCCCGGGAAAAGGGCGAAGUGUCAUAUGUCACCACAUAAAUUUUUUGUUUUUUAUUACUCCGUCCCUUGUACUGUAGGCAAACUUUACUUUUGGGAGAUGUAAAAAGGUCUGCUCGAUUGCCUGCCUGAGCAGUCCACUGUCUGACAAAGCCAAGGCACCCAUGCCCUGCAAACACUCAAGAUGCUAAUUGGAGCAAUCCAACUUUGUGGUUUUGCGAGUGUGAAUAGGAAUGACUAAUUAGGACCUCAAUUCUAAUUGCUGCUAAUUAGUAUCAGAUGACCCUUCUCUGGAUACAAAAGGGUUUUGUAUCAACUGAUCCACCCUUGGUAGUUCUAGUGUCACCUAAAUUUAUAUAAUGAUUAGACUAGAUGGACGUUUGAACACCAAUUAAUUUGUGUCAAGUGCUUUGUUGUUAAAAUGUGUGUCGUUCUGAGCAAAAGUGUAUAAAUGUGUGAUACAGCUUUACAAAUUGUCAAAAGUGAAGGAAG